UUGUGUCUCCUCGGCCCCGCGCCGCGCCGCGCCGCUUUCCGCGUACGGGGCGGGGUGACGCUCAAUCCGGCGCAGAGCGCAGAGCGCAGAGCGCACCGUCGCCCAGCUGCUCUCCCCGCGUCGCCCCCGACGUGACAACAUGGGUCUGGAGAAGGAGAAAUCGGACACCAGCAUCAUAAUGGACGAGGACGAGUUCAACAGGUCCAUGGAGCCCAUGCUGUCGAAGAAGGGCAACGUGUAUGCGGCGGAGCCGGACCGAGAUCCGCACGAUGUCAACGCGCACUUGAAGGUUGGUUUCGAAGAUGUCAUCGCGGAGCCCAUCUCCGCGCACAGCUUCGACAAAGUGUGGAUCGGGAGCCUCGCGGCGUUCGAGCUGGUCAAAUUCGUCUUCUACCGCCUGCUGACCACCCUGCUGGCCGUGCCCGUGGCGUUCGUCCUGGGACUGGUCUUCGGGGUGCUCAGCUGCAUCCACAUCUGGUUGGUGAUGCCUGCCAUCCAGAGCGUCGUGAUGCUCCUCCCGUCCGUCCAGGUGGUGUGGAGGAGUCUGACGGACAUGUUCGUAACCCCGCUCUUCCACAGCGCGGGGAAGUGCCUGUCCUCCGUUCAAGUCAGCACCACGGAGGACUGAUGUAGACGCCUCUCUGUCGCCGGGGAGAGGGAAGUGGAAUGAGCUCUUAUAAAGUCAAAUAUGAAAUCCUGAACUGUUGAUGGAAGCGUGUCAGACAUCUUCGGUGCACAGAUUCUCAUGUGAAGAGAGUCAUUUGAAAAAUAUUUGUUAAAAAAAACCUGUCUUGCUACAGUUUUAAUCACUGACCAAAUUUCAGUGUGACUAUUCAUAUUUAAAUAGUUACAAUUGCACAACAUUGGAACAACAAACCUAGAUGUCACAAAAUGUCAUUUAUUUUAAAACUGGAUGGCUAAAUUCCAUCUGACCUGUGAAUCAAGACAUGUUAAUAGACCCUGUGCUGAGUAUCGCUGUGGGAAUAUAGGUUAUGACAAACCUUUUUAUUGAUUGAGACUUUAUAAGGAGCUCAUGUUCAACCGCCCAAAACAGUUGUUCUGCUGAUUGUGACCAAAAGAAAUUCUUGUCAUUCCACAAUGUUGUGGCUGUGAGAGAUGAGUGUACAGUAACAUUAUUGGUAACGCCGACUUACUGUCGACUCGCUACGUGAUGUAAUAUUUCUGCUCUUUUUUGUAUGUUGUAUAUAUUGCCAAGAGUUCGGCUAGAAGAUGAAUGUGAUGAACUGAAUCAGCGAGAGAGUAGCUUAUACGAGACGCAGCUUGUUGCACAUUCACGGGCUUAUUUUAUCUGCUGUGUUGAUCUCACAGCGCAUUCGCAAUAAUAUGGGCAUUCGCACGCUUUCAUAUGGAGCCGUGGUUGCCCAAGCUAUACGCAGUAGAGUUGUCUUAACAUUUUUACAGAACUAUACAGUAUGCUUAAAAAAAACUAAAACAGGACUGUAUAUCCUCGGAGGGGCCGGCGUUCUAAUUUCUUAUUUAUGCAGUGAGCAGCUCUUGACCGGCAAACACUGACAUUUGGCGGCAGCUGAAGUCAAAGAAGUCAACUUCUGUAACAACUGUGUGAUGAAGACGCUCCACGUUCUCCGUAGUCCGGUUGAAACCUGGGCUGAGCUCAGACUCUGGUACGUGCAUGUUUCGUUUGGCGGUGCUCACCGUUGGCUGUGCAGUGCUGCGAGUUCUCGGGCUGGGUUGUGGACUAGUUCGGCAGCCAGAAGGAAAAUCAGGCAGCCCGUUUUUUUUCACCACCUUUUCCGCUGUGGAUUUGAUGAAGUUAAAGGUGACAUAUUAUGCUCAUAUUCAGGUUCAUAUUUUUAAUUUGGGUCACCACUCGAAAAGGUUUACGUGCCCUAAUGUCCAGAAAAGGCAUCGGUGUUCUCGUACUGCCCAUUCCUGCAGCUCCUCUUUUCACCCUCUGUCUAAAACGCCUGGAUUUCUUUUAGCCCCUCCCCCUCCCGAUAAACCUGUGCUCUGAUUGGCAAGCUGGCCCGACUGUCGUGAUUGGUCAAC